UGGGACCAGCCAGGACUAGGCCGACAGCACCCAUGAGUUCCAACAUGGCUACAGCUGUGCCAGUGGCUGUGGCCGCCUCUAGGAAGGAGUCUCCAGGCAGAUGGGGCCUGGGGGAGGAGCCGACAGGCGUGGGACCCUCACUCCAAUGCCGCGUGUGUGGAGACAGCAGCAGCGGGAAGCACUAUGGCAUUUACGCCUGCAAUGGCUGCAGCGGCUUCUUCAAGAGGAGCGUGAGGCGGCGGCUCAUCUACACAUGCCAGGUGGGGGCAGGGAUGUGCCCGGUGGACAAGGCCCACCGGAACCAGUGCCAGGCCUGCCGGCUGAAGAAGUGCUUGCAGGCAGGCAUGAACCAGGACGCGGUGCAGAAUGAGCGCCAGCCACGAAGCAUGGCCCAGGUCUGCCUGGACAGCAUGGAGUCAGACACAGGGCCCCGGCUGGAGCCCCUGGUGGCUCCCCCGGCCCCGGCAGGGCCCAGCCCGCGGGGCCCCACGCCUGUUUCUGCAGCCAGAGCCCUGGGACCUGGGGCCCUUACACCUCCGGGGCAUCACCACUUCAUGGCCAGCCUUAUAACGGCCGAAACCUGUGCUAAGCUGGAGCCAGAGGAUGCUGAUGAGAAUAUCGAUGUCACCAGCAAUGACCCCGAGUUCCCCUCGUCCCCAUACUCCUCCUCCUCCCCCUGUGGCCUGGACAACAUCCAUGAGACUUCCGCUCGCCUGCUUUUCAUGGCUGUCAAGUGGGCCAAGAACCUGCCCGUGUUCUCUAACCUGCCCUUCAGGGAUCAGGUGAUCUUGCUGGAAGAGGCAUGGAGUGAACUCUUCCUUCUUGGAGCCAUACAGUGGUCUCUGCCUCUGGAUAGCUGCCCACUGCUGGCCCCACAGGAGGCCUCUGCUGCCAGCAACUCCCAGGGCCGGCUGGCACUGGCCAGUGCGGAAACUCGCAUCCUGCAGGAAACCAUCUCACGGUUCCGGGCAUUGGCAGUGGACCCCACAGAGUUUGCCUGCAUGAAGGCCCUGGUCCUCUUCAAACCAGAAACGCGGGGCCUAAAGGAUCCUGAGCAUGUGGAGGCUUUGCAAGACCAGUCCCAAGUGAUGCUGAGCCAGCAUAGCAAGGCCCACCACCCUAGCCAGCCUGUGAGGUUUGGGAAAUUGCUCCUGCUCCUCCCGUCUUUGAGGUUUAUCACUUCUGAACGCAUUGAGCUCCUCUUUUUCCGCAAGACCAUAGGGAAUACUCCCAUGGAGAAGCUCCUUUGUGAUAUGUUCAAAAACUAAUGAAGAUGGAAGGAAAAUGAAUACAACCACUUUGGAAAACAAACUCCUGAAGCUAAAUAUUUGCCUGCCUUGUGACCUAGCAAUUUCCCUUGUAGGUAUGUGUACCUAGCAGAAAUGCCCACCAAAACAUAUCAUAAGACUAUUCAUAGCAGCUUUAUUCAUAAUAGCCCCAAACUGUACAUUGACAGUAGAAUGGAUUAAUAAAUUGUGGUAUAUCAUAUAAUGGAAAACAGCAGUAAAAAAAGGAUGAACUACCAAUACAUGGGACAACAUGGAUAAAUUUCACAAAGAUAAAAGUUGAA